AUGACAUUCCUCUCGACUUCCUCAAAGCCUUCCGACAAUGAAUCCGAUGCCCGCGCUCCUCGUCAUGAAAAGCUAGCAUACCAUGAUUCCCACCCGUCUAUCCUGCUAGACCUGGAGACCACGCCUAGCCCCAUGCCGAGACACACAAACCUGUCGCCGCCCUCGCCUGCGCAAAUGGCCGCCUCUCCAGGCGAUCGCGUCCACUCGCCAUCGCGCGUCAAUCAUGGCCAUCCCACCAACAGCUCAGCCAAUGCGCUCAGAAUAUCCACCGACGUCCUCUCAGCAUCACCUGGUGUAUGCUCCUUUCCAAACUACCGCGAUGUCCCGGCUCCAGACAACCGCAACCUUUCACCCUCGCGGAAUUCUCUAAACAGAACCACCUCUACCAACUCUGUGCAGCUCGCGCGAACACCAAGUCUUAAAGCUGCAUUAACAGGCGCGUUUGCCUCGUCCGCCGGAUACAAUAGCAAUGUCUCCAGCCCCGUCAUCAAUGCCAUGGGCGACGUCACCCCGUUGCCCAGUCCCCUCAUGUCAACCGACUCGCCUGGCCCUUGGUCGCGCCUGAGUAUAAACUCGGCUUCUCCCCCUCAGUACCGAGCUAAACUCGACAUUGUGGGCGAAGCAGCCUCUUCCAAUUCCACCCAGCGUGGCUCUCAACCCCCCUCUACGUCGCCCAAGCGCAAACCCUACCUUAACAGCCGACAGCAAGAUUCCAUACCUGCGCCGACGCAAUCCUCAUCGACUGGCAACCAAAAACUAUACCACACGAGGAAUCGCAGCGUCAGCGAGUACGUGCCUGACCCCAUCUCAAUUCCAAAGCGAUCCAUUGUCGUUUCAGGCUCUCAUUCCAGAAGAGAUGGCACUGAGCACAAUGACUCUGGGCUGCGACGAGAGUCUCACCUGGCCGAGUCGCGCGGCCUGACCCCUACCGUCACCAAGCCCCCGACGCCUCCUCCUAGCGACUCGUCCAAGGAUUUCAUGGACAGUCCGGCCAAGGCGCACGAACCCUCUUUCGAGUAUUUCAAGGCGCGAAGCCGCAGUGAUGGCAAGAAGCGGCGCUGGAGGUCUCUCGGCGUUCUCGGUCGCGGCACUUUUAGUCGAGUCAUGCUCGCGACCAGUCAAAUUGUUCCUGAUGGCGACGGUCCAGAGAUGCUGCCAGGCACCCCUGCCGCGUGCCGUCUACCCCGCAAAACCCUAGUUGCUGUCAAAGUCUGCGAACAUGGUCCGCGAGGCGGUGCAAGCGAGGACCGCGUCGAGAUGAGCCUCAAGCGUGAGCUGGAAAUCAUGCAGGUCAUUCACCAUCCUUCGCUUCUCGACCUCAAGGCCUGGAGCAUCGAGCCCACGCGCGCCAUCUUGGUUAUGAGUUUUUGUCCGGGUGGUGAUUUGUUUGAUGUCACUACUUCGCACCGCAAGAGCUUGACUUCGCCCUUGAUGGGCCGCAUCGUGGCCGAGCUUGUCUCUGCCAUUCACUAUUUGCAUCAACAAAAUAUUGUUCAUCGCGACAUUAAGCUUGAAAACGUUCUCGUCAACAUACCCGCGACCGAUCUUGCCAGCACCAACAUCAACUGGUCGACAUAUCCCUACUCCAUCAUUGCCCUCGCCGACUUUGGUCUCUCGCGACGUAUAGCGCCAGGCGAGCAACUCGAAACGCGAUGCGGCUCCGACGAUUAUGCUGCUCCCGAAGUCAUCCUAGGCCAACAAUACGACGGACGCGCCACAGACGCCUGGUCCCUGGGCGUUUUGCUGUACGCGCUGCUCGAAGCUCGUCUUCCCUUUGAUCCUCACCCCGGCAUGAGCGAUGCACACCGCAUGCGCAGUCGCACAAGCCAUCGCAUCGCGCGUGUUGAAUGGCGCUGGGUCGAGUAUGCAGGCGACGAUGGAGACCACGAGGGCGACGCGGCCAAGUUUGAGCGAAGCGGUUUGCUCGGCGCCAUGCACAUUGUCGAGGGCCUGCUCAGACGCUCGCGCAACCGCUGGACCUUGGAAAAGGUGGCAGCCGAGCCGUGGGUUGUGAAUGCGCUUCGCAUCGACGGAGGCAUUCGCUUCAGAGAAGAGGAUGCUGGCGAGGAGGUUCCAUGA